AUGGUCCUUAAAAUACCACUGGGACUCAUUGCAUUGCCAGGUCCUGUAGAAGGAGCAGUACGAACGUCCCAGCCCCAGCAGCCGCCCCCCACGCAACAGGCCGUGGCCCGCCGGCCUCCCGGGGGCACCAGCCCUCCCAACGGUGGCCUCCCGGGUCCCCUGGCCUCCUCGGCUCCCCCAGGACCUCCCGCUGCCGCUUCCCCCUGCCUGGGGCCUGCGUCUGCUGCCGGGAGCGGGCUCCGCCGGGGAGCCGAGGGCAUCUUGGCGCCGCAGCCGCCGUCACAGCAGCAGCAACACCAGGAGAGGCCAGGGGCAGCGGCCAUCGGCAGCGCCAGGGGACAAAGCACUGGGAAGGGACCCCCACAGUCACCGGUAUUUGAGGGUGUCUACAAUAAUUCCAGAAUGCUGCAUUUCCUUACAGCUGUUGUGGGCUCCACUUGUGAUGUAAAGGUAAAGAAUGGUACCACCUAUGAAGGUAUCUUCAAGACUCUGAGCUCAAAGUUUGAACUGGCAGUAGACGCUGUGCACCGGAAAGCAUCCGAGCCAGUAGGUGGCCCUCGUCGGGAAGACAUUGUGGACACCAUGGUGUUUAAGCCAAGUGAUGUCAUGCUUGUCCAUUUCCGAAAUGUUGACUUCAAUUAUGCCACUAAAGACAAGUUCACUGAUUCGGCCAUUGCCAUGAACUCGAAGGUGAAUGGGGAACACAAAGAGAAGGUGCUUCAGCGCUGGGAGGGUGGUGACAGCAACAGUGAUGAUUACGACCUCGAUUCUGAUAUGUCCAAUGGAUGGGACCCCAAUGAAAUGUUCAAGUUCAAUGAGGAGAACUAUGGUGUAAAGACCACCUAUGAUAGCAGUCUCUCAUCUUACACGGUGCCCUUAGAGAAGGACAACUCAGAAGAGUUUCGUCAGCGGGAGCUGCGUGCAGCCCAGUUGGCUCGGGAGAUUGAAUCCAGCCCCCAGUACCGCCUGCGGAUUGCCAUGGAGAACGAUGAUGGACGAACUGAAGAGGAGAAGCACAGUGCAGUCCAGCGGCAGGGUUCAGGACGGGAGAGCCCCAGUUUGGUGUCUAGGGAAGGAAAGUAUAUCCCUCUACCCCAACGAGUUCGGGAAGGUCCCCGGGGAGGAGUUCGAUGCAGUAGUUCUCGGGGCGGCCGACCUGGCCUUAGCUCUUUGCCACCCCGUGGCCCUCACCACCUUGACAAUAGCAGCCCUGGCCCAGGUUCUGAGACACGUGGUAUUAAUGGAGGCCCUUCCCGCAUGUCCCCUAAGGCACAGCGGCCUGUGAGAGGUGCCAAGACACUGUCUUCACCUAGCAGUAGGCCUGGAGAAGCUUCUGUUCCGCCGCCUCCUGCAGUGGGACGGAUGUACCCCCCACGCUCUCCCAAGUCGGCUGCCCCUGCCCCAGCCUCAGCCUCCUGUCCUGAGCCUCCCAUUGGCUCGGCAGUACCAACCUCUUCAGCUUCCAUCCCUGUGACGUCAUCAGUUGUGGAUCCUGGAGUAGGUUCCAUUUCCCCAGCUUCUCCAAAGAUCUCACUGGCCCCCACGGAUGUAAAAGAACUCGUGGCCAAGGACCCUGGAAGAACUCUGGAAUCCCAGGAGCUGUCCCGGAUAUCUGGGAAAAUCCCUGGCCUUCAGAAUGAACAGAAACGCUUUCAGCUGGAAGAACUGAGAAAGUUUGGGGCCCAGUUUAAGCUGCAGCCCAGUAGCUCUCCGGAGACCUGCCUGGAUCCUUUUCCUCCUCGGAUCUUAAAGGAGGAGGCCAAAGGGAAGGAGAAGGAAGUUGAUGGUCUAUUGACUUCAGAGCCCAUGGGGUCCCCGAUCUCCAAGACCGAGUCCUUACUGGAUAAGGAGGACAAACCGCCCCUGCCACCAGCAGGAGGCACGGAGGGGCCAGAUCAGCUCCCACCACCUUGCCCAAGCCAAACUGGCAGCCCCCCAGUGGGCCUCAUCAAGGGAGAUGACAAGGAUGAGGGCCCUGUUGCCGAACAAGUGAAGAAGUCCACAUUGAAUCCUAAUGCCAAGGAGUUCAAUCCUGCAAAGCCUCUGCUGUCUGUGAAUAAAUCCACCAGUACCCCAACUUCUCCGGGGCCCCGGACUCAUUCGACUCCCUCCAUCCCGGUGCUUACAGCAGGCCAGAGUGGGCUGUAUAGCCCCCAGUACAUUUCCUACAUACCUCAGAUCCACAUGGGACCAGCUGUUCAGGCACCUCAGAUGUAUCCAUAUCCUGUAUCCAACUCAGUGCCUGGACAGCAGGGCAAGUACCGGGGAGCAAAAGGCUCCCUGCCUCCCCAGCGCUCGGACCAACACCAGCCUGCCUCAGCCCCUCCGAUGAUGCAGGCUGCCGCUGCUGCUGGCCCACCUCUGGUGGCUGCCACCCCUUAUUCUUCCUACAUACCCUACAACCCACAGCAGUUCCCGGGCCAGCCCGCCAUGAUGCAGCCCAUGGCCCACUACCCCUCACAGCCGGUGUUUGCCCCCAUGCUUCAAAGCAACCCACGCAUGCUGACAUCGGGGAGCCAUCCCCAGGCCAUUGUGUCGUCCUCCACCCCCCAGUACCCUUCAGCAGAGCAGCCCACCCCCCAAGCCCUUUAUGCCACUGUUCACCAGUCCUAUCCACACCAUGCCACGCAGCUCCAUGCCCACCAGCCGCAGCCGGCCACCACGCCUACGGGGAGCCAGCCCCAGUCCCAGCAUGCGGCCCCCAGUCCUGUCCAGCACCAGGCAGGGCAGGCCCCACACCUGGGCAGUGGACAGCCACAGCAGAAUCUGUACCACCCAGGGGCCCUGACAGGCACGCCUCCUUCUCUGCCACCGGGACCUUCUGCCCAGUCCCCUCAGAGCAGCUUCCCCCAACCAGCUGCUGUGUAUGCCAUCCAUGCCCACCAGCAGCUGCCCCACGGCUUCACCAACAUGGCCCAUGUUACCCAGGCCCAUGUCCAAACUGGAAUCACAGCAGCCCCGCCCCCUCACCCUGGGGCUCCCCACCCGCCCCAGGUGAUGCUGCUGCACCCACCCCAGAGCCAUGGGGGACCCCCCCAAGGCGCAGUGCCCCAGAGUGGGGUGCCUGCACUCUCAGCUUCCACACCCUCACCCUACCCCUACAUCGGACACCCCCAAGCUCCCCUUCCACCCCCCGGGGAACUGAAGAUUGUCCUGGCCGCGACCUGAGACCUCCAUGAGUGGAGGGAGGAGUGAUCUCUAUGUCUCUUCCCCCAGCAGCUCGGACCAGUCCCAGCU